GAUGAUCACUGCUAUCUCGGCGUUUCAUGCAUUGAAGAUAACAAAAAUGGCAGCCAGCGAUGAUACGGAGUCUAAGGUUUCUGUAACGCAAAACAGUCUGUGCCACAACGACGGGUACGACAAAAAAUGUAUAUUCUGUAAAAUAGUCAGCAAAGAGAUUGACACCGAACUGCUGCAUAAUGAUGAGGAGCUCUCCUGUUUCAGAGACAUUAAACCUGGAGCACCUCAUCACUAUCUAGUGGUGCCCACAAGACACGUGGGAAACUGCAAGUCACUUCGGAAGGAGCAUGUUCCCCUAGUGGAGAAGAUGGUGGAGAUGGGGAAGACGAUGCUGCAGAAAAACGGCAUUACAGAUCUUGAUGACAUCAGGUUGGGGUUCCACCGGCCUCCCUUUUGCUCUGUUACGCACCUGCACCUGCAUGUAAUGGCACCUGCCAGUCAGAUGGGCCUCAUGUCCAGGAUUUUUUAUAGAUUGGAUUCCUAUUGGUUCAUCACAGCUGAACAGCUGAUCCAGCAACUGAACUCACAAGUUGAGACGAACUGAGACAAGACCCAUUCACCAAGACAGAGCCAGGAGGGUCAGCUGGAACUUCACAGGUCAAUGCAAGAAUUACUAAUGACACCUGUUGAAUAUACACCUGGCCCAGAAAUGUUAAUUACACUUGUUCAGUGUAGUCACUACAUUCAUCAUUAAUAACACCCACUAAAUAUGUGUAUGGACCAGACACAAGGAGAUUACUAAUCCUGGAACUGAGUCCCACUACUUGAAUUUUCAUCAGAUAUUAAGUAAAAUGAAGUUGUAAACAAUGUUCUGCUAUUCCAAUUAGCCAUGAUGCUAAUCAUGUCAAAUCUCUUUGUAACAUCUCUACCCACCUAGUAUACAGGGUUGAAAUGUUUUUUGGUUUUGCUUUUUUGAAAUAAUAGACAUACAAAACUA